CAGACGCUUUUUGAGUUUCACUACCAUUCACUGAGAUUGCCGUGAAAAUGGCUUCAUUAAAUGUUUCUGCAGAAGAACUUUCUUGUCCCGUGUGCUGUGAAAUCUUCAAGGAUCCUGUUGUUUUAUCGUGUAGUCACAGUUUCUGCAAGGAGUGUCUUCAACGGUUCUGGAGAACCAAGGAAACUCAGGAGUGUCCCGUCUGCAGGAGAAGAUCCUCGAAAGAACAGCCGCCUCUUAAUCUCGCAUUAAAAAACUUGUGCGAGUCGUUCCUGAAGCAAAGAAACGGUUCGUCGGGAUCUGAGGAGAUCUGUGGUGUACACCGAGAGAAACUCAAGCUCUUCUGUCUGGAGGACGAACAGCCGGUGUGUUUAGUGUGUAGAGAUUCACAGAAACACAUCAGUCACACAUUCAGACCCAUCGGGGAAGCCGUUUCAUCGUAUAAGGAGGAGCUCAAAACGGCACUGACAUCCUUACAACAAAAAAUUACAUGUGGAGGGAAAAUAAAAGAAGAGUUUGAGAAAACAACUGAACACAUCAAGUCUCAAGCUGAUCACACAGAGAGUCAGAUUAAACAGCAGUUUGAGAAGCUUCAUCGGUUUCUCAGAGAUGAAGAAGAAGCUACAAUCACUGCACUGAGGGAGGAAGAGGAGCAGAAGAAGAAGAUGAUGAAGGAGAAGCUGGAGGAGAUCAACAGACACAUCUCAGCUCUUUCAAACACAAUCAAAGACAUGGAGGAGAUGAUGAAAGACAAUGACGUCUGCUUUCUGAAGAAGUUUCCGGUCUCGAUGGAAAGAGUCCAGAUCUCCUCACAGCCGGAUCCACAGAUACCUUCUGGAGCUUUGAUUCAUGUGCCACGAUACUUGGGCAACCUGUCCUUCAGAGUCUGGAAGAAGAUGCAGGACAUCGUCCAGAACACUCCUGUAAUUCUGGACCCAAACACGGCUUAUCCACAUCUCGUCCUGUCUGAAGAUCUGACCAGCGUGAGAUGGGCUGACAAAAAAACAGUUCCUAAUAAUCCAGAGAGAUUUAAUGAUUAUCCAUGUGUUUUGGGUUCAGAGGGUUUUAACUCAGGGACACACAGCUGGGACGUGGAGGUCAAAGAGAGUUUAUGCUGGAGUCUUGGAAUAACUACAGCAUCGAACCAGAGAAAAGGGCAUGAUUUCUUUAAUAAUAAUGAUGUCUGGAGUGUGCAGUAUGAUCAGUAUGGACUGUAUGAACGCUCUAGUUUUUCUGUUAAACAGAAGCUUAAGCGUGUGAGAGUGUGUCUGGACUAUGACGGAGGAACAGUGUCUUUCUCUGAUCCUGUAACUAACACACAUCUACACACAUUCACAACCUCCUUCACCGACACCAUCUUCCCGUUCUUUCAUAGUCUUUCCCCUCUGAGGAUCUUACCGUAUAGUAGUCAGUAAGCGUUACACCUAUAAGUCUGGAUCUUCUUGUCUUCUUUGUUAAAUUCAUAAAUAAAUGUUGGCUUUUUCUUUCUGUAGCAAUUUAUUGGUUAGUUACCAUUUGCUCAAUUUUGUGGUAUUUACCCUUUACUCAUCAAUGCUGUGUGGUUUUACCAACUCCCCGAUCUCCUAAAAUGUCUAUAUAUUUUGUGCUUGUUGAAGCAAAUUCUUAGUGUUACUGGCAUUCACUAAAGGACUCACUCUUAUAGAAGAAAUUGUGAUCUCUUAAGCUUAUCUUAACAGAUGUGUGAUUGGGAUUCGGCGCCAUUCUCUGAAUAAAAUGUAGGACUAAUGCUAUUUUAAUGCAUUCAGAAUUAUAAGUUGGAUUCUCAUGCUGAACAUGGCCAAAGUUUAAAAAGAAAAAAAACUGGACCUAUUUGUGUAAGUUUGGAGUUUUAUUUUUUCUAUAGUAUGAUGUAGUGAGGUAAAACCUUUCAAUGUUUGGGAUGCUAAUUAGGUUGUAAGUAAUUAAUUAACAUUGGUCAAAAUGAGUGAGAGUUUGUUUUGCUUUAUUCUGCAAAAUAAAGUGCAGUGGAAAGAAAAUGACGCUUUAACGAAAAUGUGAAGUCAGUUCAACCUGACAUUCAGAAGGUCUCAUGCCCUAUUAGCCUCCAGAGCGAGAGCUUUGAAGGGUUGACGGGUGUUGGGGAUCAAACUGUUUCUUCAAGUGCCCACACGGGGGCGCCGUCAUCAUGUAACGAAUCAGCUCAAAGGAUCAGGGAUCCAUCCGUCGAACCAUUUAAAAUCCUUCAUUCCGAAGGGCCCUUGAAAGUGGCCAGUUCUGAGCGCUUCCGUUUGGAACAACCCUUCAAUGUGGCGGCCAUGAUUGUUUCACUCUGAAGUGCCCUUCGGAGGGCGAUGUAUCCUAAUUGGGAUGCACCAAGCAUCUUAUAAACAGGGCGCUCGUGGUCAGAGAAGUCCAUCUAGUGCAAUGGUUCUCAACUCCAGUCCUCGGAGCCCACCGCUCUGCACGUCUCAUAUUUAAUACACCUGAUUCAGAUAAUCACCUACUUAGGAGAGAAUCCACGAUACAACUAGGAAACUCGUUUUAAUACCAGUGUUUUUGAGUUGGGCGGGUCGUAAACUUUAAACGGGGUGGAGGGGACAACCAUUGCUGCUGUCAAUGCUGUUCUCGCAUCGACUACAUCCCAUUGUCUUGUAGCUGAUGUAGGGUAUUUGUAGACUAGAUAUGAACUAUCAUUUGAAGCAUAAACUGUGAAAUAAUGUAAUGUAUUUGACCUAAAUUCCAGAAUUGUCAGCAAACUCCAUGUAUAGCAUGGUGAGUGUUUAUAUGACUGUCAAACAGGGUGUCCUACAUUUUAUUCAUUCUUGAAUACGGCAAGCUCAUAAUCAUGACUUCAUAAGUGUCUAUGGGGACAUUUGCAUAUGUAAG